GUUGCAAAGCGUAUAUCUUCUUUCGUUGGUUAUGACGUGUCUAUUACCCAAGUGCACAAUCGUAUUCGCAAGUGGCGGAAUAGGUGGACAAGGAUUGUCUAUUUGAAGGAUUUAAGUGGGGCACUUUGGGAUCAUGACAAGAAGAUGGUAGUCCUAGAAGAGAAGAUACAUAAGUAGCUGCCCACUCGGGCUCACACGACUCGACCCUAGCCCAUACACGACUCGCUUACAAGGCCCAUGGCCCAAGUCACCACGCAGGGUGUUGCAAGUUCAGUUAAGUUCAAUUACUGAACUUGCAUUUCUUCAGUCCGCUGCAGAUGCAGGGCUGCUGCUAUCUGCAGGCGCGACAUAUUUCACCAGCUAUUCAGCAGCACUGCUUUUAGGUGUCACUCACUCACUCACUCACUCGGAUGUCAGUACUUGCGGUUUUCCUCAGUUGGAAUCGCACUUGAGAAAUCAUAGGGUUUACAUAUGACGCUAUCAAAACUAUUGCAUGUGGCAAAGGGAUUAAUAAGAAAUUAAAGGUAAGUGUCUUCAGAGAACAAAUUCUCCAACUUGCUGGGAUUGCUUGUCAUGAAGAGGAGGGAAAAUCACGGACAGAGCUACUGGAGAAGCUCAAAACAUGUAACAAGGUUAUGCUAGUUGAACUGUGCCGUUCAUUUGAUGUCCCUGGUUCAACAAGCACUAAGAAGGAUGAAUUAGUGACAAUAGUGAUGGAGUUCUUGAUGGAACACUGUUCUGGUAUUAUUUACACAGAUCCUGAUAAGGCUCAACUUCUUAGCUGCCAGAAAUUUAAGAAAAGAAAGCGCAAGAAGAAUGGAGCGGAUCUAUCUGGUGGUGAACCUUCCAAGAAAAGGAAACCAGAUGGAACUCUACUGGAAUUUUGUAGUCAAGAGGAAGCAGAUGGGAGAAAAGCUGUAGAAGAUAGAACAAACCAUUCCGAGUUCAGCUUGAGGGAUAGCAGAGAUGAGCUGGUAAAUGACUCCGCGUUGGGGAAAUUAGCUGUAGUUCCACUGCCAGGAGUACCGUUUCCUACAGAUGAACAAACGCUAAUCACAACACCAUCUGCAAAGUUAUUUAGCAAUGUUGAGAAUGAUACCAUGGAUAUGGCGGCUUCAAUGAAGAAAAACAUUUCUGUUACCAAGAAAAAGGCAAUCCAAAACACAGAUUCCAAGGAGAAAUCUGGUGGUAAAACUAUGUCUAGAGGAGAUGCGAAACCAUGGAAGCAGGCACCGAAACCAAGUAAGGAUGAGCUGAGACAGGCUGUCUCCUGUAUAUUGGGUGCUGCAAAUUUUGCCACGAUGACUUUUGGAGAGGUUGUAAAAGCAGUUGACAAAUACUUUGGCAAGGAUUUGUUUGAGAGGAAGCCGCUGGUAAGGGCCUUGAUAGAGGAGGAGCUGUUUAGGCUAGCCAAGGAGGCUGAGAGGAAGGAAGUGGAAGAGGAGGAAGCAAUGGAAGCAAAAGUAAAAGCUGCCAAGGACAGCGCAAGGGAUGGAAGAGUUGAAUCAGACAUAGACAAGGAGGAAUAUGAAGUUGAAGCUGGUCCAGAUGGUAAAUCUAAGGAUGCUGAAAAGAUUGGCAACAGCAAGAGUAGUGAUAAAGGUGGUAAAAGUGGGAUUUGUGUGAAGGCUGGCGAGAAGGGAAAUAGCAACGCUGCUGCCGCUGAAAAUUUACAAGAUGGAAAGUCCGAAGUUGACGACACAAGGAAGAAAGAAUUUAGCAAGGAUUGCGAGGCUGAAAAGAUUGUGCAGAAUGCAAAUGGCGAUGGUGGCAUGGAAAUGUUGAGGGAUGGUGAAGCUGAAACUGGGAAUAAUUGCAACGGUAACACCAUAGGAGGUUCUGGAGAAAAAGAUGACACUACAGAUGGCAGAUGUGAAGAAGGCAGGGCUGAAAAAGAUGCAGAAAAUGCUGGUGACUGUGAACCUGAAGAAUCUGAAACUAAUGAACCAGAAGCAGAAGUAAAAGAUGUGAAAUCUAAGGAAGCCAGUGGCAAUGAGAUUACCCUAUCCCAUGGUGCUAACUAAAUGUGGCAAAACAAAAUAGAUGCUAGGCAACAUGAUUACUGAAGCGAGACGCGGAUGAUGGUCGAGCGGAAGAUUCUGAAGGCAGUACAAGCACCAAAAUUGAUGUAGGUUGAAGCGCCUUUGUGGACGAUGUGAAAACUGAUGUAGGAUAGUUUAUGGAGGAUUAGAUUUCCAUGCGGACUGUAGUAUCAGGUUAGGAAAUGGACAGAAUGUUGUAUAAAUUGUGCUUGACAUGCUUGUUGUACCGACCUUCCUUGUUUAGCUUGAAGAGUCUUUCCUUUUUC